AUGUCAGACGAAGAAGAUCCAAGUCAAUUGAUUGAACAAUUCAUUUCUAUCACUAGUGCUCAAAAAGAUUUAGCCCAACAAUAUUUAGCUCGAAAUAAUAAUGAUAUAGUUUCAGCUAUUGAAGAUUAUUAUGCUAAUACUGGGACAGCAGAAGCUACAGAACCAAUCUCACAAGCUCGAUCAUCAGUUUCACAACCUAUUGCGUCGAAACCCAAGAAAUCAACUGGUGGAAUCAGAACAUUUCGAGAUUUAAAUGAUGAAGAAGGGGAUUCUGAAGAUGAUAAAACUAAUACUAAUUUCUUUACUGGUGGUGAAAAAUCAGCUUUACAAGUUGAAGAUCCUAAUAAAGAUAAACAUGAACAACAAUCAUUAAUUGAUCAAAUUUUUGAAAGAGCAAGAGAACAAAUGGAUCAACCUGAUGAUAGGCCAUCUGCCGGUCAAGCUGAUGUUGCUGAACCUUCUUUCACUGGUAGUGGAUAUAAAUUAGGUGAUGGAACUACUAAUUCAUCUGAAAAAGUGGUGGAUGAUAGUUCAAAGCCUAAAAGACCAGCUAAAGUUACAAGAGAAAUUACAUUCUGGAAACAAGGUUUCACAGUAGGUGAUGGUCCAUUAUUAAGAUAUGAUGAUCCUGAAAACGCGAGUGUAUUAAGUGAAUUGAAUAGAGGUAGAGUCCCCAUGUCUUUAUUGAAUGUUGAAUUUGGUCAAGAUGUUGAUGUAUCGGUAUUUAAAAAGACUGAUGAAGAUUGGACACCACCUAAGAGAAAAGUUGGUGGUUUCCAUGGUCAUGGUCAAAGAUUAGGUUCUCCUGUCCCUGGUGAAGUAUUAUCAAAUACUCCAUCCACUAGUAAUCUUCACGAAGAAGUCUCGGCUGAAACUACUCCAUCUAAUCCAGAACCUAUAGAUCAAGGUGAAGGUGAUUCAUUAGUACAAAUAAGAUUCGCUAAUGGUAAACGUAUAGCUCAUAAAUUCCAUUCCACUGAUUCAAUCACAGUAGUGUAUGAUUUUGUUAGAAAUCAUGCUUUAAAUGAAAAUAACACUCGAUCAUUCACUUUAAGUCAUUCAUUCCCCGUGAAACCAAUUGAAGAAUCGAAUGAAACCACCGUAUUGGAUGCUAAAUUGAAGAAUGCUGUCAUAGUACAAAGAUGGAUAUGA